AUGACGGAUAAUGAAACUCCACGUUCCAAUGAUAAUGAUUAUUCUAAUGAACAAAUGAAUGAAGUAUUACAACAAAUGAAUGAAUUAUUUUCAAGAUUUAAAGAUGAAUCUGAUCUUGAUACUAUUCAUAUUAAUCGUUUAUUAGAAGUAUUACAAGCAUUCGGUAGAAAUCCAUCACAAUCAGAUUGUGAUAAACGAAUUCAUGAACUUGAAGAUGAUGAAAAAUUUGAAUUAACAUUUGAAGAUUUUUUACAAAUACUUGAAGAAUCGUGGACAUUAAUUAAUAAUGAUCGAAAUAUUCUUCGUAAAGCAUUUGCAAAAUUUGAUCUUUCAAAUGAAGGUUCAAUUGAUAUUGAACAAUUUCGAACAAUAAUGCGUACACUUGGUGAACCUUUAUCUGAUGAUGAAAUUGAUGAACUUGUUCAAUUAGGUUUAAAUGAUAAACAUAAAAAAAUAGAUAUUGAAUGUAAAAAUCUUCUUUUUAUACCAUUAGCAAUUCAUUAUUUUGUUUUUUUAGAUCUACUCGAUCAAUUACUUGGAAAUGAAGAAUGA